UUUUUUUUUUUUUUUUUUAUGGUAUUAGAAAGAGAAAAGCUUCGGUGGCCAUAAUAAGAGUGUGGAGUCGUGGAACAAAGCGAACACAAACGCGCCCAACUACCAGAACUUCCGUUUCUUUUUUAAAAUUUCAUGUCCAUCUUGCCCAUCGAAUCUCAAGGUUCCACUUCGUCUUCUUCCUUCGAUUCAAUCUCUCAAAACCCUAAUUCUUCUAAUCAUGGCAACAUCACUAUCUCUUCUCCUCAGUCUCCUUCUUCCCUCUCCCGCCAAUUUCACUCUAUCCAAUUCACCGAUCCUCCUCAAUCUCCCAUCUCUCCAUCAGGCCAAUUCGCUCCAGCUGCAGAAGAAUCUGGUGGAUCUUCCAAACAGGUGAAUGGAUCAAGGACAUUAAAUGAGAAGAAAAGUUUGCCUCAGCAAAAUGGAGAGAUACAUUCUCAGUCUCGCCUGGAUGGUCAAGGGUCCAAAGGGAAAACAUCAGGAACUAUGUCCUCUUCUCAAGGUCAACAAAGUAACGGUCCUAUCAAUGGUCAAGGAAGCAGUGCAUAUUCAUCAGGAAGAAGGGCGCAGAUGAUGAAUGCUAACCAUUUAUUGAAUUUUCAUUAUGAUCCAAUUUGUCGGCCUAAACCUAGGGCUCCUCCUCCAAGGCGCCAGCAGAAGAUAAAGCCUUAUAACAAAGAUUUGUUCCUUCAGGCUAAUUACAAGUUUGUUUUGUUAGAUAAAGGGAAUUAUACACCUGCAUCGAUGGAUCCUGAUAAAAUGCUUAUUUGGGAUGAUAUAAUUUGUGUGAGGUAUGCCACCCCAGUUCCAGUGCAAUGUCCAAUUUGUUUGGAAUAUCCUUUGUGCCCACAAAUAACUUCGUGUGGACAUAUUUUUUGUUUCCCCUGUAUUCUUCGGUAUUUGUUGUUGGGCAAGGAGGAUCAUAAAGGUGAUUGCUUUAAAAGAUGCCCUUUAUGUUUUGUGAUGGUAUCUCAAAAGGAUUUGUACACCAUCUACAUUGAGAAUGUGAAGCAGUACAGUGUUGGUAAUACCGUAGAUUUCAUGCUUCUAACAAGACAAAAGGAUUCCAUUACUCCAUCUCUGAAAACUAAAACAGAGAGGGAUACUUUUAUGAGUUGCAGCGACAUCUACAACCCCUUCUCCAAGUUUACAUUCACUUCAGAUUUAGAGCUGUCUGUCAGAAAAGCAAUAGCAGAUUUAGAUGGUUGGUUAGCCAAAGCAGAUUCAGGUCUUGUCGAUGACUUAGAGAAGCUUCCAUAUGUUUGUGCUGCGAUGGAGAAAUUAGAACAGAGGAAGAAGUACUGGAAUGAGCAGUGGGACAGUGAUAAUAGUAGAAACUACAAACAUGCCAACAGCCAGAAACAAUCUCAGAAGCUUUUGUCAACUGUAGAUGUAAAUUGUGCUGAUGAUGAAGGUGGCAAUACUGGAAGUUUAAUACGGCCCAUUGAUCUCAAAGAUGAAAAUAAGUGGUCAGAGUUCAAAUCGGAUGCAGUUAUGACUGUAGAAGGCCAAGGCACAACUUUUUCUUCCUCGUGCACUGAAAGCAAGAGUUUGCAAAAAAUCUCGAAUGAAUCACGAGACAUGAAGGACAGUGACUCUUACUACUUCUACCAGGCGGUUGAUGGUCAGCAUCUCAUUCUUCACCCCCUAAACAUGAAGUGUCUUCUGCAACACUAUGGGAGCUAUGAUAUGCUUCCGCACAGAAUAAGUGGAAAAAUCUUGCAGUUGGAGGUAGUAACUCAGUCGGAGGCCAUGAGGAGGCGCUAUCGUUAUUUGAGCCAUUUUUCUUUGACAACAACAUUUCAACUAUGUGAGAUUGAUCUGAGUGAGGUGCUACCUCCUGAUGCCCUGUUUCCAUUCAUGGAUGAGAUUAAGAAGCGUGAGAAGCAGAGGAAGGAACUUGCCAAAAAGGAGCGGAAGGAGAAGAUCAAGGCAGAAGCUGCUGCCCAUCCUGAUUCCAUUUUAUCUGGUUCUGGACACUCCUUCCUCAAUGACUCUCCUAAAUUUUCCAUGGAUGAUUUUGAAGCCCUUGGAAGUUCCACUGCAAUGCCAUCUAGCCCCCCAAUGUCAUCAAGCCCUCCAGUUGUUGGGGAGAAGAUACUGUUUUCGAAUGUUACAAGGCUUGGUUUUGCUGCUGGCCACGAUUCUCCCACCUUGAAAAUUGAGGAAACCAGCGCUCUGCAUAGCAACAAAGUGACAAAUGAUUCUACUGGUGUAUCUGGGACGAGAAAUACAGGUACACCAACAUUUGCGAAUAUAACCUCAAGAAUGAAUUCUGGAGAAAAUUUGAAUGUAUCUAAGAUGAAUGAGAUUGGAAAGAAAGGAAAGAAACAGAAUCGAGUCCUCAUGUCCACAGCAGGUGGUAGGCGCUACUGACGUGCAAGCUUAUUCUUACAGCUGCACUUUUGUAAAUCGUGUUCAUUCUGAGAGGUGGAUCCUGUGAAAUGAAACUCUGAAUUAGCUUAGACUACUUGUAGACGGUACUGAGAAUAAAAUAUUGUCAGAAGUGUGAAGGACAUUCAAAAUGUACAGCUUGAGCUCUUCAGAAUUCAUCUUGCCAUUACCUUUUGACCCAUAUAUUUUGGGCAAGAGAUUUGGCGUUUUUCUACCCUAAAAGUCUUGUUUUUUGGAGCUUUGAGGUCUGAAUAACAAGAUGGUCAGCGCUACUGAUAAGGAAUUAAGACGAAGGAUUAUGUUUGGUAGAUUUGGUCUACCAUGUUAAUAUAUUAAAUUAAAUGUUAAUAUGACAUAAUUUAUCAAUUGUUAUCAAGUAUUGAUUGUUUUA